AUGAAGCUGCGGCACGCGCUGAGUGCUGCCAUAGCCAGCACAGGCUUCGUCGCUCAUUCGAUAGCGCAAGACUGGCCGUUGCAUGACAAUGGCCUCAACAAGGUUGUCCAAUGGGAUCACCAUAGUAUCCAGGUGAAUGGAGAACGAUUGUUUCUUUGGUCAGGAGAAUUGCACCUAUGGCGAAUCCCUGUGCCCGAGCUAUGGCGCGAUAUCCUCCAGAAAGUCAAAGCCGCUGGUUUCAACGGAAUAGGCCUGUAUGAACACUGGGGAUGGCACGCCCCAAACAACGAGACCUUGGACUUCGAGACCGGCGCUCAUAAUUUUGCUCAGGCAUUUGAGCUCGCAAAGGAAAUCGGCCUUUACGUUGUCUACCGACCUGGACCGUACAGCAACGCCGAAGCGAACGGCGGAGGGUUCCCUGGCUGGCUGACAACUGGAGAAUACGGCCCUCUUCGCGAUGAUAGCGAAGAAUAUACAAGGGCCUGGACUCGAUACGCCGAAGCGGUUGCGGAAUAUGUCCGGCCACAUCUCAUCACCAAUGGUGGUUCUAUCAUCAUCUGGCAGAUUGAGAAUGAGUAUGGCAACCAGUGGCUGGACAGGGAGUUGAAGACACCCAAUGAGACGGCCAUCAACUAUAUGCAGCUCCUGCAAGACAAGCACAGGGAGUGGGAAAUCGAUGUACCUCUGUCGCACAACAACCCCAAUAUGUGGACGCGAUCGUGGUCGAAGGACUACAGCAACGCCGGUGGUGAGGUUGACAUGUAUGGCCUCGAUCACUACCCAGUCUCGCAAACGCAGCCCUCGUUUCUCAUGGAGUUCCAGGGGGGCUCGUUCAACCCUUGGGAUGGACCUGAAGGCGGUUGUAAGGAGAACAUGGGACCUGAAUGGGUAAAUCUCUUCUUCCGCCACAACCUGGCCCAGAAGGUAUCUGCAGUCAACAUUUACAUGCUUUACGGAGGCACAAACUGGGGGAACAUUGGCUUUCCCGAGGUCGGCACAAGCUACGACUACUCAGCCCCUAUCCACGAAAACCGUUUGAUCGGUGACAAGUACAACGAAGGGAAGCUUUUUGGUCUGUUCAUGCGAUCUGCGCGCGACUUCACCAAGGUGGACCGAGUAGGAAACGGCACGGGCUACGCUACAGAUGCUGAUAUAUUCACAACGGAGCUUCGCAACCCUGAUACGGGCGCUGCCUAUUAUGUGACCCGCCAUGACUACUCGCCGUCUACAGACCUGACCAGAUUCCGUCUUCAUGUUACCACUCAGGUUGGAAACCUCACGAUCCCGAGCAAGGGAUCGAUUACUCUCAAUGGAACAGAGUCCAAGGUUCUGGUCACCGACUUCAGUAUCGGGUCAUCUGGCAAGAAAAUCACUUAUUCUACCCUGGAGGUUCUCGCGGUGAGCGACCUAGGUGACCGCCAGAUAGUCGUAUUCUGGGCCCCUGAAGAUGAGCAGGGGGAGUUCUUACUUCAAAACGCAACGCUGGGCAAGGUGAUGAGAGGAAGCGGCAAUCAUAAUAAUAAUAAUACGAUCACUAGGACUCGCAACGGAAUUGUAACGAACGUCGUCACAGGGCCAGAAAAUACCGUCAUUGACUACAGCAACAAUGUCCAAGCUGUGGUGGUUGAUCGCCAGUCCGCUUACAAGUUCUGGGCUCCUACUUUGGAUAAUGACCCUCUCGCAUGGGAGAAUUCUACAGUGCUCGUCCAUGGGCCGUAUCUCGUCCGCACCGCGCAAAUCACAGGCAAUACGAUUCACGUCACAGGUGACUGGGACGAGGAGACCGACAUUGAGAUCUGGGCCCCGAAGAAGGUGACAGAUGCCACUUUCAACGGCGCUAAUCUCAACGUCUCCAAGUCAAAGUACGGAAGCCUGAUCGGCACUCUUCCUGCAGCGGAAGUUACCAUCGAAAGCCUGGCUGCCAGUCUACCCAGCCUUGGUGAUUGGAAGGUAGCAGAUAAUCUCCCAGAGACAGCAGCGGAAUAUGAUGACUCCAAUUGGACUGACGCCGACCAUAUGCAAACCCCCCAUUUCGUUCCCCCUGACACCUACCCUGUUCUGUUCGCCGAUGAGUAUGGCUAUCAAGCCGGCAACAUCCUGUGGCGCGGUCACUUCAAUGCCUCAGAAGACGAGCUGCCCUCGGGUGCCUACCUUCGUGUCAUCGGCGGCCUUGCAAGCGGCUUUUCAGUCUAUGUCAACGGUGAAUUCCUUGGGUCAUGGCUCGGGUCGAUGGCCAACAAAACUGGAGAGCUUGCGGUAUCGUUCCAGAAUGCGACCCUCAAGACGAACGACGCGAAUGUGCUAUUCGUCAUUCAAGACACUAUGGGCAAAGAGCAGCGUGAGGCCGCACCGGAUCCACGAGGCAUUCUCAAUGCUACUUUGUACGCUGCAGACGGCUCGGCUGCCAGUUUCUCCUCGUGGAAGGUUGCCGGGAAUGCUGGUGGGAACCAUCUCCUCGAGCCGGUGCGCGGUACAUACAACGAAGGUGGACUACAUGCCGAGCGCCUUGGCUGGCAUCUUCCUGGCUUCGAUGACAGUGAUUGGGAGUCUGGAGUCCCCGCUGACGGAUUCACUGGAGCGGGAGCACGCUUCUACCGGACUGUGGUGCCAUUGGACAUUCCGAGGGGCUAUGAUGCCUCCAUAGCAUUCCAGCUACAUACUGACAAGAAGGCAAAACUUCGGGCUCAGCUCUAUGUCAAUGGGUAUCAGUUUGCAAAGACCUUGCCCUUCAUCUCAAACGAAACAACAUUCCCUGUGUUCCCCGGAAUUCUCAACUACAAUGGCUACAAUACCAUUGGUCUGAGCGUCUGGAAUAUGGACGAGGCGGGCGUAUCGGUAGGGGUACAAUGGAAGGUCAUGGGUGUGCAUCGAUCAGCAUUUGAUCCUCUAUUUCCUAGCGAAUACUUGAGACCCGGGUGGACGGAUCGCUCCCAGUAUGCGUGA